AUGGUGAGCACAGGCGUGAACUAUACGAAACUGAAGACCAAUCUUCGGCUGUCUAUCAAUCGAUUGAAACUUCUGGAGAAGAAGAAGACAGAGUUGGCACAGAAGUCGCGCAAAGAGAUCGGCGAAUACAUCGUGUCCUCGAAGUACGAGAGGGCGAAGAUCAGAGUCGAGCACAUCAUUCGCGAAGAC